AUGACCUCAAUCUUUCUCACCGGCGCAUCGGGCUACGUAGGCGGCCAGCUCCUCCACGAGCUCACACAAGCUCAUCCCGAGUACACCAUCGCGACGCUCGUGCGCGACGCCAACGCAGCUGAGACCAUUGCAAAGGCGUAUCCGAGAGUGCGCACUGUGGUGGGUGACCUAGAUGACAGCGCGCUCGUGGAACAGGAGGCUUCACAAGCUUUGGUGGUACUGAAUGUUGCGUCGAAUAAGCAUAUUGGGUCGUUGCAGGCGAUUCAUCGGGGAUUGGCGAAGAGAGGAAAUGGUUAUCUGAUUCAAAUUUCUGGGGCGAGUUUGUUGCCUGUCAAGGACUUAUCUUCACCGUCCUUCAAACCUGGUGAACCAUCCAGCGAAGUCUGGGAUGAUCUCGAUGGCGUCUCUUCCAUUCUUGACCUCAUCCGCAGCCACGACUCUCGCGUGGUAGACAACUACAUUCUCAAGAUUGCAAAAGAGACGCCUUCUGUUAAAACCGCCCUCGUUCUCCCUCCCAUUAUUUACGGCAAAGGUCAAGGCCCUGUCAAGCAGCGCAGCGUUCAAAUCCCCGCACUCUCAAAAGUCGCGAUUGAGCGAGGCCAUGCCGUCAGAGCGGGUCGCGGCUUAGCAGCCUGGACAAACGUCCACGUCGCUGAUCUCGCAAGACUAUUUACAAUUCUAGCUGAGAAGGGCGCAGAGGGGAGUGAGGAUGAGAAUGUCUGGGGCGAGAAGGGGAUCUAUCUUCCUGGUGUAGGCGAGCUGACAUGGGCCGACAUUUCGGAUAGAGUCGCCAAAGCAGCAAAGGACCAGGGCCUCAUUGAUACGCUUGACGUUGAAGAACUGUACAAACCAGAAGUCGACACUGCACUCCCCGCUGGUUCAGUAUUCUUCGGCAGCAAUGCCCGAAGCAAGCCCCGUCGCGCCACUGAAGUGUUGGGCUGGAAGCCGAAGGAGACAGGCCUUGAUGACGAGAUUCCUCGGGCUGUGGCUGAAGAGGCAGAGGCUCGAAAGUGA